UCUUACUGCUCUCAUUACAGGAAAAUAACAAUCCACCGAGACAAACGACCUAUUACUCUUAUUUGAGUAUACUACUGAGCUGUUUCUUUGCUGUUUUGCGUCAUUUUCGUCCUCAUUUCGCUACCUUCGAUGUCCUAGAGAGUAUUUGACAGAGAAGGCUCGUUCGGUUUAGACAGCAUUAGAUAUUACUGUUGUAAAAUGUUUAGUUGUUGACAGAUUCGCUCACUUUGUGGACGUUUUGUCGCCAUUAUAGCACUGCUGGAACAAUGUCAGUAGCUUUGGCAAUUUGCAGGAUUCGCGUAAAUUUCAGUCUUUUCAAACUGCUGCCCAUUGGUGACGUACAGAAGGUGACGAUUUUAUUCCCACAAAGAAGGCACUCAUGCCAGAGCCACCUUCAGGAAUGGUUGCUAGCCAUACAAGUGGCCAAAAUGAGAGGGAUGAAUCAGAGGUUCAACAAAUUCAGCGAUCCCAAGCCGCUCCCUGCUCGUGGGCCCCAGCUGAGGACUUGCGUUUCAUCACCACCACCUUUCAGUACCUACAUACCUCAGGAUGGUACUGGGGUGGUAUGACAGCCAGUGAGGCAAGGGAUGCCCUAAUUGGAGCUUCAGAAGGGUCUUUCCUUGUCCGUGACAGCAGCCAUCCACUCUACCUCUUCACCCUGUCUGUACAGACGUGGAGAGGUCCCACUAAUGUCCGCAUCGAAUACGACAGUGGCCGAUUCCGUCUCGAUUCCAGUUUUCCAGCCAGAUCUAGCCUGUUGUCCUUUUCUACUCUUCCUAGUCUCGUGCAGCACUAUAUAUCCACGAGUCAAGGGGAGGAGAGGAUAGCAGAAGAACAUCACAUGGUGUCAAAGGACAAUGGCAUCCUGCUGAAGCUCAGGAAGCCCCUGUUCAGGCCUCAGGGCUUUCCAACAUUACAACACCUCACACGCCUCACUAUAAACAGACAUACAGAUUGCCAUACACAGCUGCCACUGCCACGACCACUGAUGCUGUACUUGCAAGAAUACCCCUUUCAGGUGUGAGGACAUUUGGGGGGAUGUUUGUGAAUUUCAGGGGGGGUUCGUUUUUUGCAGAGUCAAAAGUGAUUUAGCCAAAAUGUGCAAAUAUUGCUCCCUGGCAGAAUAAUGGGUACUUUUAUUCUAGCCAUAUAUGUCUGAGUAGGUGUGCAAAUAAGCAAGGACUAUUUUGUGUACAUUUGUUUUUUUUAUAUACAUCUGUAAAUACUUCUCAUUUUAGUAAAAUAAAAUGUUUCUAUAUCUU